UUUAAGCUACUCAAAACCCUAAAUUGAGCGCCGUUUGUUCUAUACGUCUUGAGGAAGUUAGGGCGCCAAGCUGCACAGAGCAGAAGCAAAAAUGAGCCGUGGAGCAGCCGCAUCCGGUUGCCCGAAGGGGAAGAAGAAGGGCGUGACCUUCGUUAUCGAUUGUGCGAAGCCAGUCGAGGACAAGAUUAUGGACAUCGCCUCAUUGGAGAAGUUUCUUCUCGAGAGGAUCAAGGUCGGCGGCAAAGCUGGGGCACUUGGUGACGCUGUCACCGUCACACGGGACAAAAACAAGAUCACCGUCAACUCCGAUAGCAACUUCUCUAAGAGGUAUCUUAAGUACUUGACUAAGAAGUAUUUGAAGAAGCACAACGUCAGAGAUUGGCUUCGGGUUAUUGCUUCGAACAAGGACCGCAACGUCUAUGAAUUGAGGUACUUCAACAUUGCCGAGAACGAGGGCGAGGAAGAAGACUGAGGCUCAAGUCUUACAAAUUGACUAGUUGUAGCGGCCUUUCUCAUUUUGAAGGUUGUUGAAAUUAUAUUUCCAUACCUCGCCUUGAAUUGAGUUAUAUUAGAGAUAAUGCAACUCUUGUUUAAUUCUGAAGUCUCAAUAUCUAUAAAUUUUGAUCGCGUAGUUCCCUUC